AUGUCUGCUGAAGGUCUCAAGGAUUCAGCUGAAGCCACAAAAAUGGCGACGAAAGUUGACUCAGAGCAACAACAAGAUGUUACUCCAUCGAGGAAGAGAAGCCUCUUUGGCUUCCAGGUACCAAGCUACUCCGAUCCCAUGGUGCAGAUCGUCAUUGUUGGCUUUAUAUUGUUCCUGAAUCCUGGUAUGUACAAUGCAUUGACAGGCCUGGGAGGCGCUGGACAAGUGGAUGCCACCGCUCAAAACAACGCCGGCAUUGCCCUCCACACCACUUUUGCGGUCAUUGGAUUCUUGGUCGGAAUUUUCCAUAACUUCUUGGGCACAAAAUGGACAAUGGCAAUCGGAGGCAUCGGCUACUGUGUCUAUUCAGCUGCGUUCUUGUGCUACAAUCAUACCAAGAACGAGGGCUUUGUCAUUUUCUCGGGUGCUCUUCUCGGUUUCUGUGCUGCGUUUUUGUGGUGCGCACAGGGUGUCGUGAUGAUGUCUUACCCUGUCGAAUCUCAGCGAGGUCGCGCCAUCUCGAUCACUUGGCUUCUUUUCAACCUUGGUGCAGUCAUCGGAGCUGCGGUGUCUCUGGGCCAGAAUUGGAGUGUCAAGGCCGGCCAUGUCACUGAUGGAACCUACGUUGGUUUUAUUGUCCUGGAGGCAGCCGGAGCUCUGCUCUGUUGCUUCCUGACUCCCAGUGACAGGAUCAUUCGAAAAGACGGGACUAAAGUACAAAAGGUCGUUCACCCAGGGCUGAAGUCUGACAUUGUUGGCCUCUACAAGACCCUUGUGACGGAUCCCUGGGUUGUUUUGCUCUUCCCUAUGUUCUUCGCUUCCAAUUAUUUCUACACCUAUCAAUUCAAUGACGUCAAUGCCUAUUACUUUUCGACUAGAACCCGCGCAUUCAACAACAUCUUCUACUGGAUCUCGCAGAUCAUCGGUGCUGCUGCCUUUGGCGCUUUCCUUGACUGGACACGAUUCAAUCGACGCACUCGAGCAGUCAUGGCCUGGGCCAUGUUGUUGGCUCUAGUCAUGUCCAUUUGGGGAGGGGGCUAUAAGUUUCUCCUAAAGACUGACCGCAAUGUCAAGGGACCUGAAAUGGAUCUCUUUGACUCAGGUUACAUCUGGUGUCUCUUCCUGUACAUGUCCUACGGUUUGCUAGAUUCUCUGUGGCAAGUCUUUUGCUACUACACCAUGGGAGCAAUGUCGAACGACCCUCGCAAACUUGCCUACUAUGCCGGCUUUUACAAGUCGAUUCAGGCCGUUGGAGCAACAACUAUCUCCAAGUUGGAUGCGGACAAAGUGUCUUUCCACAUCAAUUUUGGAACUAGCUGGGGUCUGAUGGCAGGUGGACUGGUCAUUGCAUUGCCGCUUUAUUACUGGCGUCUGCAUAACACCGAGAUCACAGAGGCUGACUUCGUCGAGCCUACGAUCACAGAAGGACAGGCUGAGGAGAUCGAGAUGGGCGAUGCCAAGGCUGACGGCAACACAACCGUCAGUGAGAAGCACUCCCAUUGAGCAUCACAGCGG